AUGAUUCUGAGAAGCCAUGCCAAAAGACAAAGAGAAAGAGAAAGAGAUAGGGACAGGAUCAGUGAGUUACCUGAACCUCUCAUCCAUCACAUUUUUUCCUUGCUUCCUAUCAAAUCUGUUGUUUCUACAAGUAUUCUAUUUACAAAAUGGAGGUAUUUAUGGACAUCCAUUCCCAUUCUUGAUUUUCACAAUUGGCGGUCUCAGAAGUAUAGUGGUGCCAAAGAGACCAAUGCAUUCAUGGGAUUUGUGGACAGAGUGUUGUCUUUUCGUCAAGAUCUACAUUCACCAAAUAUAAAGAAAUUCUGUCUCGAUUUCGAUUAUACUUUUGAUAACUCUCGAGUUAGAGAAUGGAUAUUUACUGUCAUGCGGCAUAAAGUUGAAGAGCUUGUUCUUAGUGAUCGUAGUGGUAGUAUGUAUCCUCUUUGCCUUUUUACUUCUGAGUCGCUGACUAUGUUGGAGAUAAGUAAGUCCUAUCUAGAACUUCCGGCAUCAGUUUAUUUUCUAAAGCUCAAGAUCCUUCGACUUGGGGUCAAGUUCUGGGAUCAAUUAAUUCCUAAGUUGCUUUCCGCAUCCCCUGUUCUCGAAGAGUUGAAUUUGCAAGUGUGUGCUCGGGAUAUGCAGUAUCUAAGUAUUUUUGGUCCAAAUUUGAAGCGGUUGUUUAUUAAUGGCUUGAUUAAUCAGAACUUCAAUAUCCAGAUAGAUGCACCAAAUUUACAGUCCUUAAAAUACUCUUCAAUUCUUAUGAAGGAAUUUGUUCAGCAUAACUUCUCAACGUUGCAUGAUGCAGAAGCGAUCCUUUCACGUUCAGCCAAUAGGCUGAGGGAAAGGGGUGUACUUGGUUAUCUCGCAACUAAGCUUUUCCAUAAUUUUUCUUAUGUGAAACGUCUCGCAAUAUCUGAUUAUAGUUUAAAGCUUCUUACCUAUCAAGAUCGUUUCCUGAAGAGUUUGCCUUCAUUUUAUAAUUUGAUUCAUUUGGAAAUAAGGAGUGCACGUUUGGAAUUUGCAUAUAAAUUUGGUGAUGAGUGUAGCCUACAGUGUUGGGUUGUUGGAAAACUACUCAACUUUCUUCAUGUCUUGCCAAACCUGGAGUCACUUACAGUUGCUGAUGGAUUUUGUUAUUAUGAAUUAUGCCCAUAUUACUAUUGGUCACUAGAUUUGAUUCCUCAGUGCAUGUUGUUCCAUCUCAAGACAAUCGAAUUUCGCGGGUUUUUCUGGAACCUAUUCGAGAAAGAUUUGGUAAGAUUGUUUCUGAAGAAUGCAAUAGUUUUACAGACGGUAAGAAUUACAAUUUCAGAUCGGUCAUUUUAUUUACCAACGACAGAUUACAAAAAGAUAGUUUUAGAUGAAAUAGUAUCGUAUCCAAGAGGCUCAGCUGACUGCGUAUUUCAUGUCUAUUAA